AUGUUAACUACAAUUAAAUAAUAAGAACCAUGUUGGGGAUUGAUUUUGAUUAGAGAUUUAAACAGGAUAGGAACACCAUUAGAAGAAUAUGGAAAAUGCGUUUAUAAGGAGGUUAGUGCUUGUGAUUUAUUUCUGGUUGCUCAGAUAUAGUUUCAGCUUCUAGUUAACAUGAAUGUAAAACUUUUAUCUCGGGAUGAUCAUAUUUCAGUGGUAAAUAUUAUGCUAAGGUUUCUACUAGUAAUUGUCCCUCAAUAUUUUCAACUUAAAUCACAACUGAUACUUUUAAAUCUCUUUAUUGUAGAGGAAUCAAAGAAGACAGUUAAUUUUGUAGAUGAAAAUUUGAUAAAAUAAAUGUGA